CUCCCACUUGCUAGACUUGGCCCAGAGGAGAGGUUUAAGGUUUGGGGAACAAGUCCAGGAAGCCGCGAGCUUUGUUAAUACAUCAAAUUAAUGUAGUUUAAAAUAUUUCUACUUAUUUUAUCUUCGAAUUCAGCUAAGGAGUGGAAACACGGCCGUGGUUUGGCUGGUGAAUAUCCGCCCGUCGGCGCCCUCCAGGACUCUUCUGCAGAGUGUGUAGCCGUACACACCCUAACUCCUGGGAAUGGCAGGUCUCUGUGGUCUCAAGAUGCUGCUGCUGUGGGCCGGGAUCGUUUGUUUAGCCAACUGUCAAGAUGCAGGUUCAACGCCAGCAGACACUGCUCCUCCUGCAAACACCUCUCUCCCAACCCUCACCUCCACCCUCACCUCCAUCCUCACCUCCACCCUCACCUGCAACCAACGCCACCGAGCAAAUAAACCCUCAAACAAACAUCCCUCAAACAAACAUCACUCAACCCAAGCCUCCAAUCAUCACCUCCAACACCACAGUGACUCCUGCAACCUCAGGUCCUCAACCUCAACAGUGUUCUUACAUUGUCACACACAUCCUGUCUGGCUUCAUGGUCAACGUGUCAAUGGAUCCUACAACCACCAACUACACCAUCAACUUAAAAGAAACGGGCCAAACAAUCAAAACCAUCAAUCCGACCUUCAAUCAGAGCGUUCAUGAAGUCAAACACCUGAAGCCGUGUACUGAAUAUGUACUCAAUCUGACAUUUACUGACAGUACUGGCCAAGAAAAGCCUUGUGGAGCUGAAAGUACAAACACGACCCUCGGAAUGAGUAAAGAUGACGUUCAAAAUGGCACCUGCAUGUCUGGAUACGUUUGUUACCGGAGUGAAUGGGACAGCUCUUCUCUGUCAACAUCAUAUAACAUUCCAGCUGAGCAAUGCAAAAGUGACAAUAAGACGUUCUGCAUCAAACCUCGUUACAACGACAUAUGCACAGAUUUAACUACAACCUUCACUUCAGAACACUGUCGGACUUCCUUUAAUCUCACCAGAAGCAUCACUGUUGAUUUCUUGAAUUCAUCCGAAAUAAAUCAGACGGCUUCAACUAAAUUUCCAGCACAAAUUGAACCAAAAUUACCUCCAAGCUGCAUCAAUCUCACCGUUGGUUACACCUGUCAUGAAGUUGGUAAAUCCAACACCAAGAACCUGUCUGACCUGAACCCUUUCACCAACUACAGCUGCACGGGUCAGGUUCAGAACGGCAACGUCACCCUGAAAAACACGGCCGCUGUCAGCUUCAGGGUUGACUGUGAUUUUACAUUAAACGCCAAAAAGAUUUCUUCCACCAACACGUCCAUUCAGUUGAGCUGGAACACCAGCAGUGAGAACUGUGGAGACGUCCUUAAGAAUCUUUCUUAUGUCUGCAGUUGUUCUCCCAAAGAACGUACUCCAAAAGGAAAACAUACAGCUGAGAAUGGAUCAGGAAGAACAUGUAAUGUUACAGGACUGGAGCCGUUCACUAAGUAUCACUGUGAGGUCCAAACCAAAUACGACGGGACACUCAGACCAACGACAAUAAAUACUAUUACACCAAAAACUGAUGUUGGAACACCAGAAGAAGUUACAUCCCUGCACGUGAAACGGACAGAUAAUAACCAGAUAUCAGUAACUUGUCGUCACGGGGUGUAUUCUAAUGGGCCUGAGAAGACACUGAAAUACACUGCAACUCUCUCUAACGAUGGGGCCGAGACCAAGACGCUUAACAGCAACGAAUGCAAGUUUGAAUUCAAAGAUCUGAGCUACUCACGAACUACUCAGUGGAAGAUUGUGAUUUUUUGCAAUACGGAACUUUGCAGCAAACCCAAGAAGGAUUUUGCUCAAACUUCCUAUAAUGAAAAAGCUGUCAUUGGGUUUCUGGUCUUCCUCAUCAUCAUUACGUCUGUGGCUCUGCUUUUGGUCGUCUACAAGAUAUGGAUUCUGAGGCGCAGAAACUCCCAGGACCUUGUAGAAAACAUGAUGCUUAUUUCUACAGCAAAUGACGAGGAGAACCUUCUCACUGUCGAGCCGAUCGCAGCAGAAGUCCUACUGGAAGCUUACAAGAGGAAGCUCGCUGAUGAGGGAAGACUUUUCUUGGCAGAGUUUCAGAGCAUCCCGAGAAUCUUCUCCAGGUACACCGUGAAAGAGGCCAAGAAGUCCUGUAAUGGCCCCAAGAACCGUUACGUGGACAUCCUGCCAUAUGAUUAUAACCGUGUACAGUUGACCACCGGAAAUGGAGAUCCAGGAUGUGACUACAUCAAUGCCAGCUUCAUUGAUGGGUACAAGGAAUCUAAAAAGUACAUUGCAGCUCAAGGGCCGAAGGAUGAAACUGUGAGUGACUUCUGGAGGAUGGUCUGGGAGCAGCAGUCCUCCAUCAUUGUCAUGGUAACACGCUGUGAAGAGGGAAACAGGGUUAAGUGCGCGCAGUACUGGCCGUCUCCAGACCGGGAAACAGAGAUCUUUGAGGAGUUUAUAGUGAAGCUGAACUCAGAGGACUUCUGUCCAGAUUACACCAUCCGCCAUCUCAGCCUAACUAACAAGCGGGAGAAGAACUCAGAGAGGGAGGUGACGCACAUCCAGUUCAUGAGCUGGCCGGACCACGGCGUCCCCGGGGAGCCGCAUCUCCUCCUCAAACUCAGAAGACGCGUCAAUGCUUUCAAGAAUUUCUUCAGCGGCCCUAUCGUCGUUCACUGCAGUGCGGGAGUCGGGAGGACGGGCAGCUACAUUGGCAUCGAUGCCAUGAUGGAGGGUCUGGAGGCGGAGGGCAAAGUGGACAUCUACAGCUACGUAGUUAAACUCCGCAAACAGAGAUGUCUAAUGGUUCAAGUCGAGGCCCAGUACAUCCUGAUUCACCAGGCUCUGUUGGAACACAAUCAGUUCGGGGAGACUGAGAUCACUGUGUCUGAGAUCCACAGCAUCCUCAGCACGCUAAAAAUUAAAAACUCUGAAUAUGAACCCACCUUGAUGGAAGAGGAGUUUGAGAGGCUCCCCAACUUUAAAAACUGGAGGACAUUCAACACAGGGAUCACAGAAGAGAACAAGAAGAAGAACCGCUCUUCAUCUGUCAUCCCAUAUGACUACAACCGAGUGCUGCUGAAGCUGGAUGAAGGACGCAGUCAUGACAGUGACCCCAGCGAGGGAGACGAAGAAGAGUCAUCCGAUGAGGAGAACGAGGAGUCCACUAUCUACGUCAAUGCCUCCCACUUAGAUGGAUACUGGGGCCCAGACGCCCUCCUCGCGGCGCAGACCCCGCUGCCGGACACCAUGGCUGAUUUCUGGUUGAUGGUUUACCACAAGAAAGUGUCCACUAUUGUCAUGCUCUCUGACUGCAAUGAGGGAGACACGGACUGUGUUUACUGGGAUAAAGACAAGAAAACAUUUGGGGACAUUGAGGUCGAACUGGCCAGCACGGACGUCUCCCCAUCUAUCAUCAGCCGCAACAUGCUGAUACGUCACAUCAAGAGGAAAGAGAGUCGGCCGGUGAAACAGUUCCAGCUGCUGAAGUGGACGAGCGGCGAGAGAGAGGUGCCGGAGAAAGCUCAGGAUCUCACAGACGUGAUCAAGGAAAUCAAGAAAAGCUCUGGAAGCAUGAAAUCACAGAAGAGAAACCCUAUUGUGGUGCACUGCAAUGAUGGCUCGUCCCGUUCAGGGAUUUUCUGUGCUCUGUGGAACCUGAUGGACAGCGCUGAGACAGAGAAGCUGGUGGAUGUUUUCCAGGUGGUCAAAACUCUACGCAAGGAGAGACAAGGCAUGCUCUCCAACCUGGAGCAGUAUCAGUUCUUAUACGAGGCUCUGGGGGGGGUCUACCCCGUCCAGAACGGUGAAGUGAAAGCAGUGCAGGCCUCCGCCUGCGACUCCAUCCAGGUGGUCAAUGAAACCAAAGCAGACGAGCCGGCGGCAGAGGAGGAGAAGGUCGAGCAGCCGGGCGUCACUACCAGCGAUACCCAGCAGGCGGCGGCAGAGACCACUCCUCUGGUGGUGGAUGGAGAGAAGGAAGAGAAAAAAGAGGAGACUGAAAAAGAGACAACGCCACUGACGGACUCCGCCGUCACUGUGGAGGUCUAAGGAGGUCUAAGUGGUUGUGCCUUUUACUUUUUGGAAAAUAUACGCGCUUUAGUUGAAUGCUUUCUUUUAUUACUUAACUGUAUGAAUGUAUAAACGUUGUAAAGCUUUCACACACUAUUGUGUUGAGAUGUGCUAAAGAAUUUGCCAAAAUAUGGUCUAUUUCCAAAAAUAUUAAUUUUCUAAGUUAUAAAUAGGAAAAGUAUGAGAAUGCAGGAUUAUGUUUUGUGUUCACUAAAAUGCUGUCGUCAAACUAUGGCGCCUUGAUGAGAAAUGUAUGCUUAUAGCUAUAUAAGUGCAUGUUGAGUUUGAGGUUAGUGUCUGUAUUCCCCUAAAUAAUUCCUAAGAUUGCUUUAUCAUCUAAAGUUAUACACAUACAUAUAUAGUCGCUAAGUUUAAAUUUUGUCGUGUUUCACUGCAUCAUUUCAUGAGAGACUUGUGAAGAGUGUGAGUCUUCUGUAUGUUGAGUACAUGCAUUUCAACAAUAAAGUUUAAUUUGUCUGCAUUUA